AUGGCGCUUCUACUGCAUCUUUUGGAGUACCUCCUAGACAGACUCGGAGUUAAAAAAUACAUUAAGGGGAUGAAGCAUAUCUGCAUGAACAGCAUUAAGCAUUUCAUUUUGGAAGAAUUAGAAGUGACCCCCUUCACAGUUAGGCUACCUCAUGGCAUGGUGAGAUACACAGAACGGGAAAAAUCAAAUAGGGAGAGCAAGACACACAGAGGGAAAGGCUUCCUAACGAGGAAGAAGCAACACCGUAAAGAGAAGGGAUCCUUCGGUGAGUAUUUGGCUUACCUGGAUUCUCUCAGCGACAGGAAGCACCAACUGAGCUUUGACAUUUGCUACGUGGGUAAAGUGGAGGUGGACUGGGGCAUCCCCUCGAGCAGGGCCGGAAGUAGGAGCGGAAUGAGAAGCGGAAUCGGCAACAGAAGAAGCAUUGGAAGUAGGAGCGGAAGCAGAACUGGCGAUGUGCGUGAUUCAGGCUUCUACAUUGGUCUGACCGCACAGGUGGAAAACGUCUUCGUGAGUGUGAAGUUGGAGGAACAGGGCGCCCACGCAGGCCAGCCGGAGAGAGGACGAGAGGGGGAUGGCGGAACGACGGGCGGAACGAUGAGCGACACGGUUGGAGACACCAUGGGCAGAGCUAAAAACGAAUGUGAACGUAGCAGCACUCCGGAUAGAAGCGACGCCGCGGAGAUUAGCAGGAGCCUCCCCCUCGUCGCUCUCCUCCUCGCCAUUGUUUUCCUCAACGUCGUGAAGACGAUGCUGUACAGCAUGGUCUGCUCCUUCCUCAAGUACAUCACACAUAACUUCAUAAAAGGGAGUCUCCUCCGGAUUUUCAAAAAAAUCCUUUGCAAAAUAGCCACCAAAUACAUCCUCUCCCUUGACAUAAAAAACGUGAAUGUCAUUUUCGAAGAUACACUAUUGAAUGGGAAGAAAAAGAUCUUCCUUUCUCUACACAUCAGUGAACUUCACGCGGACAAUUGUAGCUUUAUCCUAAGCAGGGAGAAAGAGGAAAGCAACGUGAUGGAAGUGAAACUGAAUGGAAACAUCAUGACAAAUGGGAAGAAGAUUCUUUACACCCAUGAGGGGGACACCCAGCACAGCAAUUCCUACCUGGACCUAUUCAGAGUUACCAUAAGAGAGCUCAGCGUUUAUCAAGAUGGAAGAAGUCAACACAUCAGUAGGAGCGACAUAUGUGCGGACAAAUUUAAGUACAAGUUCUUUUUCUUUUAUAACAUGAAGGUAACACAUCAGAGGGAGUGCCUCCUGAAGGAGACCAACCUGCUCUGUGAUGUUUCCAAGGACAGGACUAGCCAGAGUUACCUCCUCAGCGUCGUCACCCCGAGCGUUAAACUUGCCCUUUCGAAUGAUACGGUAUACACUUUGUAUUUGUUUCUGUAUAAAUACGUGUGCAUUGCGGGAGGGAAUUGCUUCCAUUCGGAGGGGAGGCGAAUGGAGCGGACGCGAACGAGGCUGGGGUCACGCCAGAAGGAGGUCACCUCAGUGCAGAAGAACUUUCGUCGUAAGCAUCGAAGAGGAAGUGCCCCCAUUUUCGGAGGGACGAAACUGCUCGAGGUGAACUUCCACAUGGAACAGUUCAAAGUGGAUUAUGCGUACAGUGGGGGGGAUGACUCCCUUUGCUGUUUCUGCAGGAACGUGGAUCUUUUUUUGGCGCUAAAGGAGAGUCGGGUUCCAUUGCUGGCUGCGUGUCGGGCGCGUCGGGCGUGUCGCGGUACAACACAGGAAGGAUCGGUGAAAACUCUCAUACUGCAGAACGUGACCUUCUCGAUGGAUUCCUUUUCCGUCACGGAGUCCUACUCGAGUCUGUCCCUUAUCGUGAGUAAAGUCAAGGAGGAUCUGCUUCGCUUCAACACAAAAAAAAGUUAUGCGUUCAAGAAGGUCAUUUAUAACGGCCUACUGGGCGCCACGUGCGCAGAGUACGCCAAUGUGACCGCCGCUCUAGCGGGGCGAUACUACGUCUGCAGUGCGUCACCAAGGGGGAAGAACAGACACUGCCUCAUCGCACAGGUGCAUAGGAAGUGCGAACGAGGGGAGAGCGGACCAAGCCAAUACAGCAUAGGCAUACAGAUUGAGUGCAUCAAUCUGGUCGUCAGUCGGUUCGACAGGUUCUGCGUGCUGAUAGGCGGUCUCCUUGAGCGGGACCUCUUUGUGUUGCAUCACCAUUUGGGGGUCAGCGGUGGGAAGAAGCCACCUCAUAAUCCGGACAUUAGCAGUGGGAACAGUUUGAAGCCACACAGUAGCAAUGCGCAGAGUAGAAAUGGGAACAGUACCAAUCGGACGAGUAGCAGCAGACGGGGGUGCUCCCGCCCAUCGCUCCUUCACAUAAACACGCAGAUUAAACGCAUCAAAGUGGAACUAACGAAGCUGCGCGCGCCCACGCUGUUCCUUUGCUUUGACCAUACCCUCCUACACUUCACAAAUAAAAACAUCAUGCAUGUAAGGAAGAAGCCAAUGCGGAAGUUGCAGACAAGUCGAGAUGCUCUCCUAACGAAAGGAUUAAAGACAAGGGGGAAAUCAACCCACAAUCAUGUCAAUAUAACCUACAGAAUAGCAAAUAUAUAUGCCUAUGUAAAACAUGAAAGAAGCACACACAUUUUGGUCUUCCCAUUUUCUUUGUUCUUCACUCUGGAUAGGACCAAAAUGUAUAGACUUCACAUUUCGAUCAUUUCGCUAGUCGUCGAGCUGAACAGCAGCGUUUUGAAUUUAUUAAGAAGAUUAUUCUGGGACGAGGAGGAUUAUGCGCAGAGGGGGAGAGGCAAUAUGAACGGUAGUAACAGCGCAGCUGUGUACUUCACAUCGGAGGAGUUUCCCUGGGAAUAUUUCCCACCGAAAACAAUUCUGCUGCGUUACCCCCAUGGAAGCGAUAAAAGUGAAGCCAUACCAACAAUGAUAAUCCAUCCAAAGGAGGCCGCUAUACCGAUGCAGGCAGAACUGAACUUCCUCUUCGGGGCACUGGAAGUCUUUUUCGACAAUGACCAAGUGGCGAAUCAGACGAAUGAGGAAGACGCUUAUGUAACCUCCUCCUUCAGCGUUACAUACGUAUUAAAUUUUUUUAUUAACAUGAAGGUAAAAUUUGCCUGCCGUCAUGUGAACCUCUUCCUCUUCCUAUGCAAGGAGGACACACCCAAUGGGAAGAAGCGGAAGAAGAAGAGGAAGAAAAAAAAAAUAUCGAAUGUGCUCACUUUUUUCCAAUCGGAUGAAGCGAGGUCGAACCGAUUGGACAAGUCGAAAGGCACAGAGAGGUACAUCGAAGCAUUUCACGUUAAGUUCAAAUCGGAGAGGACCAUUUUUCAUUUUCUCGCCACGAAGAAGAAAAAUGCCUACCUCCUUAAGAACAAAUUGUACAUAGGCGAUUUCGCCUCAUUUUGUGAUUUUAAUAUCCGUUCUGUUCCUUUUCGUUUCGAGUCCCUUAGGGGGGUGAGGGUGUACUCGCUUGCUGACCCCGGGGGCGAAAGGAACAUUGUAAGGCUGAGGCCGUGUGAUGGGUGCAUCCCGGGGGACGUUGCGAAGUUUCUAAGAAGGGAAGAAAGCGAAGGAAGUUACACUAGAGGGGCCUACCCGAGCUAUCGCUCUAAGCAGAAUUGCCGCUCCCCCGCGCUCUCCCUAAGACACCAGUGUCAUCUGACCCACUCAGGGGAGCUUAAAAAACACGGCGUGAAAAACAGGCACAUAAUUGCAUUUUACCUGGAGAGGCUGGACCUGUACGUCCACGACUUCUUCCUGAACGUGGCGUAUUACGCGUACGUGCGUCUUGGGGCAAUGCAGGGGGGGAAAGCUGAUCAUGGAGGAACAAAUCAUCUCAUAAAACGCUCGCUCAGAAAUGUCUUCCCGUCCGAAUCGCACCUUCUUCAGCUACGAAGGAACAACAACACAUUCUACAGAUCUGUUACGAAGAAAAUGUUAAGAGUGAUCCUCUAUUUCAUCGCGAAGAGGAUUACUUGCUCGUUUCUUUUUAUGGACAAGAGGGACAUGGUCGGGGAGCAGCGACUCUCCCUCGGUGCAGCGAGGAAGCAUUUUAAGAUCGAGACAAAUUGCCUUAUCGUGAAGUUCAGGAGUCACCUUGUGAGCAUCGAAACGGUGAAGGAGUCCAGCGGGCAACAAUGGGGGGAAGUAGUGAAAGAAUUAGCAGACGUGGAAGCGGAAAAGAAUACCUAUGAGAAAGAACAAGCGAUGGGAGCCUCCCCCGGAGGAAAGGCACACCAAAUUCCUCCCAUACAAAGCCACCUUGGGAAAAAAAGAACAUACCAAAAGGGGAAAAGACGACUCGCAAAGAGGUGUGCCACGCGCAGUAGGCACCAUUUCUACGUGUGUAAAUUGGCCUUCCACAUGUUUGUAAAGGAAACCACUGUAAUGAGGUACAUCGUAGUGGAGGCGAACCAGCUGGGAGAAGAAGCAGGUGGUGCGGAGAAGCGGCCCAUUUCCAGGACCCCCAUUACCAGCGCGGCCCCCCUCCCCAUUGCUCCAUGCCGCCACGCAUCGGAACGUAGACUAAUUUCGAGAGAGGCAUCGGGAGAAGCUUCCAGGGAGGUGAACAUCCAGCAGGCAUAUACCCCCCACAGACAGAGUGCUCCCCACGCUAGAACGAACAAACGAAAGAGAAGGAACGUCUUGGUAAAAAUCGAGAGAAUAAAUUUGAUCCUUUCGGACCUACUGAACAUGGUGAUUUAUUUGAACAGUCACAGGGUCAGAGUAUCUUCACAUGUGAGCUUCUUCGAUUCAUUAAAAAGGUACAUUGAAGCCAUUAAGGAGAGCUUCCAGAACCCGUUUUUUAGAACUCAUUUUCCGCUUGACAGAUUGACGAGUGAUAGAUGCGCAGCUGAGGAGGUGAGAGAUUUUAUAAAAAGGGGGAACAAGUAUGAGCGUGGGGGGAGGCUCACCAGGGAUGGAGUGACCGCGGGAGAGGUCUACCCAAUGGAAGAGAACAGAAGAAAGAACAUACCCUUGUGGUAUGAACCGAUUGGAACGCUCUUCCAAGUUCGAAAGGUACACAUUGGUGUAGAUAGGGUCACCUGGAGCUUCACCUACUUUGUACGUCCAUUGGGGGAGGAAGGGAUCACCAAAAGUAGAGGUGCUAACUCUUCAGGUGAAGUAACUAACAGAGGGAAGCUAAAGAUGAGGAGGAAGAAGAAGAAGGAAAAACUUCUAUUGAAAACAGAAAAAGGGACAUUCGUUUUUACUCCUAAUUGGAAAGGAACGACUCAGAGAAGACAAGUCUUAGAAGUGGUUUGUCUCGUGAAGAGUAAACUUCGCGACGUCCACUUGUUUUUGAAAGGGGUAGAUGAUGAGAAGAAGUUUCUCAUUUUUCAGUCUAAUUAUCUGUACCUAGGGAAUCAAGUGAGGUUUGAGCUCCCUGCCAGGAAGGUGCGCAGAAGAGGUGUGUACACGGUUAGGAGGAUCGGAGAUACAGUGCGUAGAAGGGGACGGAGGCGAGCCGAUGGACCAAUCAACUGUGCCCCCGAUGAAUCAGUCAACUGUGCCCUCGAUGGACCUGUCAGCUGUGCCCUCGAUGAAUCAGUCAAGUUUUACCCCCAUAAAUCAUCCAACGUCGCCCCCGAUGGAACAUCCAACUUCGCCCAUCGAACGGAUCACCCAUUCCCGCGUUUGCCUUAUCCUUCCAUAACGUGCUCUCGGCGCAAAGGGAAAGUUCGGCUCCUCUUUAGGAUGUUGAGAUGCCUGAAGAGGAGAAUAAACACCCGCAGGGGUGAUGCGUCCCGUUCUUCGCCAACGCAGGGGGGAUGCGAACCGAACCAAGUGUAUGUAAAGACGGUACUAAAAUCGUACAGCAGUAACGGAGAGAGGGGGGACGAUGGACGUGUAGCGCGUAACUCCUCCCUCAGCGUCCUCCUGAACGAGGGAAAUGUCGUCUCGUUGGUUAAUUUCUAUGCGUGCGUGGUGGAGAUGGGCGCCAAGGCGCAGCGCCUCCUGCGCAAGUACGACGGUGGAAGUGGCGUCGGGAGUGGCAUCGAGAGUCGCAUCAGACAUGGCAUCGCACACGGCAGCCGCGAUGGAAGUGGACGUGACGCACGUGAGAACCCAGAUUGUCGCACAUGGCCCAGGAUGCCAGGCAAGCGACUCGCGCGAAUCAUCCGCACAGUGGAAUCCAAGCACAGAGUGAAGAGGUUGCGAUCCGCAGAAGGGGAGGAUGAGCCUCGGCGAGGUAGCAGACCAGGGAUCGACUCACGAAAUGGCCCCUUUGUGGGGGCGAAGAAGGCAACGCAGAAGAGGGGAAUCGGCUUAUCCGGCAGAGUGAGCAAAUGGGUCAAUCAGAGGAGUGUCCUCCGAAAGCAGCUGAGUGACCAUCCCCCCCCCCUUCCCCUCCUGGAUGCGCUGCUCAAAUCCGUCAGCUUCAAACUAAAGAAUGUUUUUUUCAUGUUCCACACGGGCAGAGAGAACGCCUUCCUGGGGACGUACGUAGGCGGCCUCAAUGGGCAGCUCAAAAGGAAGGGGAGCAGAAGAAGCAAACAAAAGACGACACACAACUUUAGGUACCUACACGAAUUGAAAGAACUGCUCCUAUUCACUAGCAACGACUAUUUUGAUGCAAAGGGGAAGGUGUACUUAUUUGAAAUGUUUAACUCCUUGUCGAGGCGAAAUUACCAGAAUUGUAUGAACAUGUUCAUAUUUUUUUUAAAAAAAAAAAAACUAAAUUUUCAAGUGGGCAAUUUGAAGAGGAGGAUAAAGUGCAUUGAAGGGGUCAGUCCGAUCAGCCAGCAAUGCAGCAUCAGCAACAACAGCAGAAGCAACAACAACAGGGAGGUGUUGCUCAUCAGGAGAAAGUUCCCAACUAAUGGGAGACAAGUUAUCGACCAUGUAAAGAGAAAAGAAGCAGUGUUAAGCAGACGGAAAGGUAGCAUUGUUAUGAGUAAUGACGGGAUAGUCAUUAAAGGGUUAGGACACACACAGGAUAGGAAGCAGGAAGCAAGGGUGCAACUUUCAACGGGAGGGAACACAAAACGAUUUACUCCUCCCCCAACUGAAGUUCCAACCGUUUUGAAGAGAGCACUUACUAAGAGGAGGGACCUACUUAAGGACUACUUCACCAAUGUUACCUGUUACGAAAGGAAGUAUAGGGAGGUGCAGAGGAAGAGUACCAUCCAAUUUGUUAACAGACGUGGAGAUGUCGCUGUUCGAAGCACAGUUCGUUGCAUAUGGAGUGCAUUGGAGUCCAUAGAAGGGAGAGCCAAAAUGAUCGCCAUGAGGAACGAGAUGAACCAAACUGGAAAAAUGACUGUGCAUGUGAAGUACGCGGUGAAAGGAGACCCUGCGCUUAAUCUGAUCAUAAAACACACAUACAGAGAUGUUUGUUUCUUCCUCCCGAUGCAUACUCUUUUCCAGUUGCACAAAAUUGUUAGCACGUCCAAAAUGUGGAGAGCGUUUCAGUUCUUCUCAGCUGGGACACCCAGAAAGACGAAACAAUAUGGUGAAGCAACACAGGGCAGGAAAAAAGAAAAACAACCUCAUCUUUCAUACCACUUUAAGAUAUCUUUUGCUAACCUCAAUGUUCAUUUGUUGUCUGCUUGUACCUACCUUAUGGAUGAUGUUAAAGAGAGUGGAGAUCAGAUUCUAUACGAUAUGAGCCUCAUGAAGGAGAAAGCGAGACGUGACUACACCAGUGGACGCAUCGAAAGUGGUGAUAAAAGAAAAGCAAGCAGAGCUAAGCACGAGAGGGAAGACAAGCACAGAGUGUUUGGUCAGGAAAGAACAAGAGAGUUGCAUAAAAGGAAAAGGGAAGCCUCUUUUUUCACUGUAACACAGAAACGGGACAAAGGAAAGAAAGAAUACAUUUAUGUGAACCCCCCGGAGAGAAGGAUAUUCCUGUACGAUUUGGUCCUCAACACCAGUGUGAAGGUGGACGUGGAGAAAAAAAAAACGAGAAGGAAGAGAGCCAUUCGGAGGAAUGACCACCACAUGCAGGGGCAGCAAUGGAAGGAGACGCAGCAAUGGAAGGAGACGCAGUGGAAGCAUGCCCCUCAGGGGGAAAAUCAAGCAAAAAUGGGAGAAGCACAGAAAGGAACCCUCGUUAACGUCAACAAGACGCACCUUAACAUAUCCAUGCUGCACCUCAGAGUUAAGUGCGGCCUCCUACACGCCCCCCUAACUACGCACUGCACGGUAAAUGUCAUGCGGGUUGAGAAAGUGGACAUCUCAACCAACCAGGGAAAGCACCACAAGGUGUACUUGAGCCUGAUUGGCGUUCGGAAAUUCUAUUUGCGGCGUUGUGGGGAAAUGGCAGCCGAGUGCAUGGAGAGGCCGCAAAAGGGGGGUACAGAUUGGAAACAUGGCGGCAGAGGUUCGAAUCGUGACAAUCCAGAUUCCCUUCAGGACGAGGACGAACCGCACAUCAGUGUCAUCCCCCUACGAGAGUUCUGCCUCUACAACGUCGUGGAGGUGAUGAACAUCCUGUGCUUCUGCACGAAAGUUAACUAUGGACUUCAUCGAGGAGAGUCGUUACACAUGAAGUUGCUGGAUAAGGGGGGGAAGAAUCUGCCACCCAGACUUUUCACACCCAGUUUCGCAUCCCUGAAUGAGAACAACAUAUCAGAAGGAGCAGCAUCGGAAGAAGGGAUCACCACGCUGAAGCGGACUGCUUCCUUUUCCUUCAUCUCGAAGUGGAACAGUACCGGGCGGGGUUUGGCUAGCCCCCUUACUAGUAACUCCCUCUCCAAUUUGGCACCAUCAAGGAAGGGCAAGCCUUAUGGGAGAACCCGCAAGGGGAAUGCCCCAUUUGGGUUGGGAAGCGGAGGAAGGGAUGCGCCCAUCCAGGCGAAUGAAGCGAUCCAAGCGAAGCAAGCAGACCAGGUCAACCAGGCCAUCCAGUCUCAGAAGACGAACCAACCGAACGAACCGCUUAUUACUAACCGUAGGAAUGACGCAGGCAAAAUGGUCAGCGGAGUUAUCACUCCUCAGGGUAAAGACACCCACGUAAGGAGUUUCAAAGCUGAUCAGGACGGGAGAAAAACCGCUCCGCGCUCAAAAGUGCAAGUGACGAAGAAUUGCGCAAGCCUAAUUGUUAGCAGCGUGUCCAUCGGCGUGAACAACAACGACCUGCUGAUAUUGAAGUUUCUGGUGGAGGAUUUGGAGACCCUCGGGAGGAAACUCCGGCAGGGGAAGGUGUACACGUGCAGGUACAGCUACCGUGGGGUGGUGAUCUCGUCCAAGUUCCGCAAGGGGGGAACCAAUAGUGGAAGUAAGCGCCGCAGUCAGCACCGCAGUACGCGUGGUGGGAAGAUGGCUGGUCAGCCGCUCACACGAACGACAAACAAGCUUCACAUCAACGUGGACGCGAUGAAGGUGUCUUUCCUAACUCUGGGGUACGUGCACGAGCUAUUCUCCAUAAACAGUGUGAAUAAUCAGCUGACCCUGGGAAGCAGACGCCGAAAGGGGAAGACCAGAAAGAUACAGGCUGUCCUAAACAUGAAGCAGAUGAAUGCACUCUCCAUAGACGUAAAACAUUUGAAGAACUUCUUAUUUAAAAACUCGAGGAAAAUCUCCUUUGUCGAUUCAUUCGAUCUGUCAGUGCAUUUCAAUAUGGAUGAGAAAAAGAGAAAGAAGCUCUGGAUGUAUAUAAAAAAUGACGUCCACAUGUUUAUCAGAAGAGAGAUAAUAAAUUUGAUCUUCCUAUUCAGAGACCAUUUUUCUCAUUUGCACUUCGCCUACCAUGAGUGUAUACUCUCCAGUCAGGUCAGUAACGAGAAGAUCAAGACAGUUAGGGACCUGCGCAAUUUUGUUUCCUUCCAAAAUAAGUUCAACAAAGAAUUCGUCAUCAUAAAAAAUUACACUCCGUAUAACUUGGCCUACGAGUAUGAAGGAAACGUUGGGAUGGUGAAGAAGAAUCAGGACAGCAUCAUUCUGUGUGCCAAUUUGUUCUUCCUCCUCAUUUAUACGGUUGACGAUUCCAGCUUGAGGAGGAAGAUUUUUCUCAAAGGGAACAACUACCUCUCAGGAGGGAGCCACAACAAUGGUGAUCACUACGGAUCCCACUUUGGAAAACCCUACACACACCCCCAGAUGCAGCAGGAUCCACACCAUAAGAAGACACUUAAUGAGAAGAGCUACCUCCACGUCGACGUGGGCAUCCAUGACAAUAAGAAGUGUAUAUACGUGUAUCCCUAUUUUUUUGUGAAAAUCCUAUUCGAUGAGUACCUCAAGCGAGACGCUUCUGCAAUCGUGAGGGGAUCCAUUUUGGGGAACAACAACCCCCCAAGGGGACAAGAAAAAAAAAAAAAAAAAUUCCUCCAUUUGAAGUUAAAAUUCAUUAAGGCCAACACGAUUAACACGUGCGUGGUGAAGGACAACCAAACUUCCUUCAGCAUCCCCUUUCAUUUUAUAAAACGGUGCGAAUUCAUCCAACUUGUGGUGAAGAUGCACAAGGAUAAGCUCUACGUGAGUAACAAAAUGAGAUACUCUCAGUUUUUGAAGCUCCGAAGGUAUUUCUUUAGGGACAUUCACGACGGCGUCCAUGUGCUGUACUGCAGCUUCUUCUUUUUGGUGAGGAAGCGGAGGAGCGGAGGGGCGGAAAAGACGAGCGGCGAGACGGAACAGACGAACCCCAUGAGGAGGAUGAAAAUAGAAGGGGCAGAGGUAAAAGGGAUACACUUAAACGAAACAGGGGUAAACGGCGUCCACUUCAACCAGGCACACCUGCCGCGGAAUGCCCCAGUGCAUCCCGCCAGUCGAGGCGACGCAGAAGAAGCCAAGUACUCCAAAAUAUUCAGCGUCGUGCAUCUCCUAAAAAAAAACCUACAUGUCGUGUCUAUCCAAAAUUGCAUGAAGAUAAUUAACCUGACCCCAUUCAAUAUCAAUGUGUUGUUAAAGAGAGAAAAGGGAAGAAUCAAAACGUACAGCUUACGCAGUUUCGACUGUGUGAAUGUAUAUCACUUUUGCUUUCUCGACAAUCUCAUUCUUAACUUCAGUCUGUCAUUCUAUCGCCAGUGGAUAAAGUUUCUUAAGGUAAACAAUAAGGCAUAUUUUGCACGCGCGGAAGUGAAACAGGAUUUUUUCGCUCCAGCAAACAGAGGUGAAAUUCGACAAGGCAGAACCACCCCCGGUAGUGACAGCCAAACAGAACACCACUCAAGUGUAAAAGCUCUCCCCAAAAUUGUCUUCUUUGAAAUCGUCAAAUUUCACGGCCUCUACUUUGUUAUCUACAUAUACAUGCACGAACAGAAAUAUAACAUAGCCAUCGUCAGCAAACACAACAUUAUGAAUUACACCAGAAACGUCCUGCAGUAUUAUUUGCUGAAUGACGAGGAGGAUUGUCUGGACGAUCUGAACUUCCAGUGCGAAGUAAAGAAGUAUAGUCUGAAAGAAACGUACACUGCACUGAAGGAAGAUUUGCUUCUGCUUUCACCGGUGAUGCAAAGGAAAGUCAUCACGAUCAACAGGGAUGUUUUAAAAAUAGAAGAGAGGGGAAAGAAAUGGAAAAAGGAAGACAAUGAAAAGGAAGACAAAGAAAAGGAUAAACACAGGGACAAUGACAGUGACAACAACGAACGGUGUAUUAAAAACUACUGCUUCAACCACCGCUUCACUCUUAAUAGCUACAACAGAACGAUGAGCAACGACUCCGUCUCCUACGAAAUAAAUAAGUCCUACACGAAGGUGAUACAGCUGAACGAGGAAUACGUCACGGUGCGUGUUCACUACUUUCACUUCCACUGCUUCGGCAUUUCUUUUAUUCAAUUUUUUCCCUACCUCGUUUUGGUCAACCUGACAAAGUACACCUUCGAUGUGAAGUGCAAGCCGCACGAUGCAGUGGAGGAGGGCCAGCGGCAGAGACAGCGUCAGAGACAGCGUCAGGGACAGCAACAGGGGCAGCAGCAGUCAGAGCUUCUAUACAACUCCAACCAAAGCGACGACUUAAAUUUCAGCGAACACUCCUCCUUUUCCCCUACGAGCGAGGAGGACUCCGGGUUUGACCUGGGGGGGAGCAACAGACCAAUUGCACAUUAUGAAGGAAGCAGCUACCUGGGAAAAAUCGCCGCCAUCUUUGACGAAGAAAAGGUGGACAACAGACUCCCUGACCGCACCAACCUUCUGGACAGCAUGAGCGUGCAGGAGCUAAACAUAAAGAACAAAAGUGCGUGGGACUUUGUCAGCCUGAAAAUAAGGCAGCAGGGGGGGGGAGGAGGCGAGAUGCUCCUCGGCGAUGUGCCGCUCGAAGAAGCAGCGGAGAAGAAACUGGAACGGAACGUCUCGCUCAAUUCCGCAGUGAACCGCCCAGACAGCGCCAAACUUGUUAACUACGCGCGAGCGCUGAAAAUGUUAACCCGGAAGACACACGAGAGGAAGGACAUCCCUCGAGUAGUGAAGACAAAACACGUAAGGGGGAGGUACAUACGGAUCCACAAGAACUGCGACACGUACUUUUACACGUACAAGUACGCACAGAUUUACACGAAGAAUAAACAACACCUGACCGUGGUGAAGGAGAAGCUCUUUCACAUCGUCACUAUAGAGAAGGACAAAACGUAUUACGUUUUUAUUAAGGGAAUUCCACGCGUGUCGGGGCACGUAGAGGGGCGGACCAGUGAACCGCUUAAACGGGGUAGCAGUGAGCCCGUUGGGGGAAUCCACCCGAGGAGGGAACUUCCCGCAAGAAGAAAACUCAACAGGUGUGAUAAUAACGAUGAUGGGAGAGAUGUGAUGGAGCGUACUUCUUGGGAAGGGGAGGAAGAAGACAGAGGAGCGACCCCCAUGGAGGAGGCCCCCCGUGUGGAAGAAGCCCCCCAUGUGGAGGAUUCCCCCUUUGGAACACUCCCCUCAGGCGAGUACGAGCGCUCUCUGCACGCAUACAACCGCUUGACCAGAAUGAACAUCGACCUGGUUCCAUUCACGAAGAAGAACACGAUGAGACGAAUUUUCAAACAAUACAAAGAGAAGAUAAACGAACAGGUGAACAAAAAGGGGAGCAUCCACAUAUACAACAAUCUAGACGUCCCCUUCUUUAUCAACCCAGCCCAAAGCAGACACCUAUUUUUUGUAAAGAGGAAAUACAUCCACUUCAAGGAUGAGAAAUGCCUUUUUUUUUUUUUCCCAAAAUUCGUACUAAUAAACAAGACGUUACAAUUGUUACUAAAGCUGGGAGAUGACACGCCGAUCAGAAAAUACCACUCCGUCAGGAAGUACCUCCAUUUGGUGAAGACUGCGGAGAUGGAUCAGAAUUUCCACGUGAUGAAGUUCUCCUUAGUUUGCAAUCUCAUUUCGUCCUUUUCCUUUUCCUUUUUUCUCUUCAAGAGGAGGAAAGUUAGGGGGGUCGGCCCCUCCACUGGAAGAGGAGAAGAAGAAACGCAUAUGGUGUAUUACGAACUGUACCUUGUGAAACACCACUGCGAUAUUGUGCUCAACAAAAAUAAUGAAGUCAACAUAAUUGUGAAUGGAUCCAGAGAGUGCCAAUUUGUGAAGAAGGUAUUCUCGCUGGAUUAUUGUUUCGACUUCCUAAAAUGGAAAAAUAACAUCAUAGGGGAGUGUCCAAGUGUGCCGCCAUCCAACCGGGAUGAUACGAAUCGAAGACUUCCGCUCAUGGAAGACACAAAAGGGGUCAUCUAUAUAAACAACCUCUACGGACUGACCGAAAAUGACCUGAUCAACGUUAAAAUCUUCAUUAAAAGCGUUAAUCUGUUGCUGACCUUUGAGGACGUAUCGAGGGAGCCCAUUGCCCCUAUGCAUAUGAAUCAGAAAAUACACUUUAGCAAAAUUUUCUUCAACUUUUACACCUUCCAGUGCCUCAAUAGGAAAUCCCUGGCGCGGAGGAAGCGAUGCAUAGGGUUCUGCGAGGUGGGGAGGCAGUCGAAGCACAGGCAGCAAAGGGAACCACAACCAAAGGAACGACAGCCGAAGCAGCCGCAGCGAUGGGGGAUGCAGCCGCCUCGCGGCAGGGAGUUGGUGGACGGGAAGUCCUCCCCAAGUCGGGCCAGCGAUGACGGUAACGGUAAUGGUAACCGUAACGACGUGGUAGCAUUGUCCAACUGGAGUGCUACUCGGGGAAAGGAGGGACCAAACGGGAAGUGCGCUGAUAUAGUCGCUAUGGACGAAUCAUCCUCCGUCGCCUUGUCCGAUGUGCCGGGUGAAUGGGGAGAGAGCUCACUAAGGAGAAGAAGCAAAAUUGUCAAGAGGCUACUCAGAAGAGGCAGGCCAGAAUAUCUAACGAGGAUGAAGACAAACACGACUAGCCACAUGGAAGGAAAAAACUAUACUCUCACAAAAAAAAAAAACAUUACAAAGAUUUACGACGUCUACCGAUUACUCAAGAGUAGGCUGUAUUGCCAGUAUACCUCCCACCUGUUCUUUAGUUACGUGAAGAACGUCCAUCUGUACAGGCAGUUGUUUGAUUUGUUACGAAGCAACGUCCAUGUGGUCAGUAUGAGUUUUUCCGAUUUUUACCAGAGAGUAUUUAUCCUUAUUGAUAACAUCCGUGUGAGUAAAGAAGACGAGGGGGGUGAGAAGAAAACCUUCGAAGGAAACAGCCACACCAUUCUUACUAAGUACAAUAAUGAGGAAAGCUUCAUCAGCGUUAAUAUCGACAUGCUAAAACAGAGGAUUAUGAAAUAUAAGCAUAUUUAUAACAGCCUGAACAUCGUGCAUGCUUGUUGUCACUUGGAGAGAGCGCGCGGGGGGAGAAGGAGGAAGCGGGGCAACCAAAGAAACAGCAGCAGGCAGGGACAGACCAGCGAGUGGGUUGCCCCCUCAAAUGGGCUCUCCACGAACAGGGGGAAGAUAACCCACUUAGCGGAAGAGACCAACACAAGAAGAGUCACCUUCUCCGAAAGGAACGCUGCACGUAUUGCGAACUCGAACAAUUUUGCCAAGAAUAGGGCACACGCGCUACUGUACAGUGCAUACUAUUUUUAUAAGAGGGGGAAGGACUCACGGGGAAGUUCCUUCGAUAGGGACGCCUCCAACCGUGGUAACAACACCGCUACCCCUGGUGAUGCCUCUAACCCUGGUGCGACGAGCCACCAGAUAAACAACCUCGUCCAGUUCAUCGAGCAGAUAAAGGAGCAGAAGCUGCGCAGGAGUCGAAGGGAAAUCAUAAAGAACCUAUCGAUCGAAAUCGCAAGUCUGAGUCUUACCCUGGACUAUAACUACUUCGUUAACAUCGUGCCUCUUUGCUACGACUACCUGUGCAGGCAGUGGCGGCACUACAGGUUUGUGGGCCCUGAGGAGGGGGCGAGGAUAAACCACAGCAAUAAUGGCAGCCACAGGAGGCAUAGUAGCCAUGACGACCAUGUGCUGCAGCUGCUGCUUGAGGCGGAAAGCCUCAACCAAUUCGAGCCAUUCGCCUACUCGCGCUGCCUGUCUAUACCGACGAACGAAAGAAGAGGGAACUUCCUCCUGUACAUAUAUAACCUGGACAUAAAAAAGACGAAGAUCUACAUUAACGUAAAUUAUCUGCUCAAGUUAUUGCUGACAAAAAAUUUCCUCAUGAACAUAUCAGCCAUCAAAAUAAAAAAUAAAAAAAAAAAAAACAUACAAUAUAUUUUUAAGAAAAUAAAAAAAAUCUAUUUUUACAAUUAUAUGAGCAUUCUUUUUUAUCUUCUCAAAAAUAUAAACAUAUCGGAACAUUCCUCUUCCACGACGUUAAAUUUGCUGUCUUUUGUGGAGAGUUUUUUAAAAAACAACAUGCAGUUACUCAGCCCGUUAAGUAACCUAUACAGCAUUGUUGUCACGUUGAGACACAAGUGUGAGCAUCAGCUGGAGCAUAGCAGUAAAGCAGGAACGAGCAUUAACCACGAUACAGAUUAUUCAUUAAAUAAAUACAUGAAUCCUUUUUUCCACUUCGAAUCCAAUCGGGGACUUUUAAUUUCAUCGAGACAUUAUCAUCAAUACUAUUCGCAGCAAAGAGAAAACAGGACCAGUGACUAUCUAAAAAUCUUCUUCUCCUUUAGCUACCCAACUUUUUUCUGGAAAAGGAUUUUUACGAGUCCCUUUUCGAAGGAGCAGCAGCAGCGUAGCGGCACUGUCAUGCAGAAGACACUCCUGGACAUGCUCAGCCGAGGCCCCCCAGGGGAUGAUGCCCUCCUACAGCGUCCUGCUGAAGCGGCAGAUAGUGGCAACCCCCUGAGGAGUAAACCACACACCGUCCAAGGGGACGACAAACAGGCACGUGCACUUCAGCGGGGGACCCACGUCCCACCAGGAACACCCCAAGGUGAAGCAACGGAACCACGACACACGAAGGAGGAAGCGGACCGACCCAAGCAUAAGAAGAAGAAACCGAAAAGGAAAAAAAAACGAGACAUCCAAAAUAUAACGCACAUAUCGUUUACGCACAAUCUAAACAUAAGGAAGUGA